AUGGCUACCGACUACAACAAGAAGACGAUCCCUGAACUGGUCGAGAUCCUCAAAUCUCGCAACCUCUCUCACACGGGCAGAAAAGCCGAGCUCGUCGCACGCCUCCAGAAAGACGACGAGGAAAAGGCGAAAACGUCUUCCAACACCAAGACAGAUGUGGCCGACGAUGUCAUUGACUGGGAUGAUGAUGCGCCUGCCGCCGAGGAAACCGUCAAGCCAUCGACGGAAGCUGGCGCGGCUGCAAUCGCAGCCGGCGGCAAGGGAGAAGUGUCCAACCCAGCAGAUGUUCCAAACCAGGAGCUUGCAAUCGACCCUGCCGCGACCGACGACCUAAAGGUUGAGUCUAAGGGAGACGCUCCGAAGGGAGCUCCUGAGGCGGAAACUGCUACGACGGGCAAAGAAGAACAGAAAGAGAAGGCUGCAGAGAAGCCGGCGACUGAUUUCAGCAUUGGUCUUCCCACGACCCAGUUGGAGGAGGAACUGAAGAAGCGCAAAGCGCGGGCGGAAAAGUUUGGAAUCCUCGAAGACUCCAAGAAGGCGCUGGAGGAUGCUGAAAAGGCGCUCCAGCGAGCCAAGCGUUUUGGCACGGAGAAUGCCAGCGCUGCCGUCAGUGUGAAGGGCUUGGACCAGGCAUUGCCGGACAAGCGGCCUCGCAAGCGCGGUCGAGGCGAUGAUCAGGGUGGCAGGGGCGGCAAGCGCCGCAACUUUGGGAGCAACCGUGGUGGACACCCGAAUGACCGGAGUCGCGGCGGUGGAAACGCGAAGCCGGUGUGGGACGAGAAGGAUGCUGCUGCUCUCGAGGCUAGGAAGAAGCGAUUCGGCACGGUCACUUCGUCUUAA